AACAUGUCGUGAACAUUACAUAAUGCAAAGCAAACGCUAAAAACUCGCAUCGACACAACACAACAACGCAUUGCUUCUCUUCUCUUCUCUUCUCACUCACUGAACCACCCACCUUCAUCACCGUUUCUCUGCAUUUCCAGAUUACGCUAACUCACACAACCCCUCUUCAUUCAUUCCUUCCAUCAACAACGCUUUCCAGAUUCCUUACAUUUUUAGGUUUGUGGGUGUGUGAUUAGUGCCUCUUAGAAGUUGGAAUAGAGAAUUUGAGCUGGGAGGAUGGAGGAUGACAAGAGAAAGAGGAAAAACAAGAAGAAGAAGGGAAAGCAAAGUAAGAAUGUGGAGAAUGGGGUUGGAGAAGCAGCUACUAGGGAUCAGAAUCUGGUGAGCAAUAAUGUUAAGGACGAGCGAACUGAUGUUUCUGAGACUGCAGCGAACUCGAAUGGGGUUGGAGAAAUGUCAACUAGGGAUCAGAAUUUGGCUAGUGAUGGCAAGGAUGAGCCUGCUCCUCCUUUGGAGACUGCUAAUGAGGCACAUGAGCAAAGUGUGAAUUGGAAUGGGGUUGUGGAAGUACCAAACGGAGAUCAGAAUGUGGCGACAAGUGGAAAGGAUGAGCUUAAUCAACCAACGGAGUCUGCAGACAGGCAAAGUACUAAUGUUGAUUCGAAUGGAGUCAAUGGACAUCUGCCAAAUGGUAAAGAAUGUGCCACCUCAGAAGAGACAAUUAAAACAUUGGGAAAUGAAAAUGAUAUUCUCAAACAGAACGCUGUCACAUCAGACGAAACAAUUGGAAAAUUGAAAGGAGAAAAUGCUAUGCUCAUUCAGAAAGAGACCACUUCAGAAGAGACAAUCAAGAAACUAAAAGAAGAAAAUGAUACAUACAUUCAGAAAGAGGCCAUAUCAGAAGACAUAAUCAGGAACUUAAAAGCAGAAAAUGCUAUGCACAUUCAGAAAGAGGCUAUAUCGGAAGAGACAAUCAGAAAAUUGAAAGAACAAAAUGACAUACAUAUGCAAAAAGAGGUUGCAUCAGAAGAGACCACCAGAAAAUUGAAAGAACAUGAUAUGCGUGUUCAGAAAGAGGCCAUAUUAGAAGAUACAAUUAGAAAGUUGAAUGAAGAAAAUGAUAUGCACAUGAAGAAAGAAGCCAUAUCAGAAGAGACAAUAAGCAAAUUGAAAAAAGAAAAUGCAUUCCACAUUCAGAAAGAGGCCAUAUCAGAGGAGACAAUUAAAAAACUGAAAGAAGAAAAUGAUGAACAUGUUUAUAAAGAGGUUACCUUGGAAGAGUUAAUAAAAAAAUUACAAGCUGAAAAAGAAUUGCAGACACAAAAACAGACUGAAUUGGAAAUGAAAAUCGCACAAUUACAGGGAGAGAAUAAUUCCUUAAUUCAAAGAGAGGCUGGAUUGGUCGAAAAAACCAACCUGUUGCUGAAUGAAAAGGUUGUUUUGAGCUUGAAAGGGGAGAGUUUAGAGCGGAAAAUAAAUCUUUUGGAGAGCGAUUUGAGUUCUUUUAGUGAGAAAGAGUCUGGUCUGGAAAUGAGAAUAGCACAAUUGCAGAGAGAGAAUGAUUCCUUGAUUCAAAAAGAGGCUGAAUUGGUGGGAAAAACCAAUCAGUUGCUGAAUGAAAAGACAGUUUUGAGCCUCAAAGGGGAGAGUUUAGAGCAAAAAGUAAAUCUUCUGGAGAGUGAUUUGAGUUCUUUUGUUGAGAAAGAGAACGCAACUAAAGACAUUAUUUCAAACCUGAAUAGAAGCAUCAGCGUGCUACAAGUACAGGUGGCAGAGUUGGAAGAGUUCAGGAGUAAUCUUCUGCUAGAAAACCAGCAGUUGAGGGAAAAUGUGUCAGGUCUUCAGUCAACAAUCCAGAAUCUUGAAAACAGCAGCUCUUCUUCCUUCUCGCUGGAUGCAUCUUCUAAGGAUCUUGCUUCUGAAAAUGAUGACUUGAAGUCUCAAAUUGAAGCAGCCUGUACUUUGGUGGAGAAAUUGGUGGCAGAAAAUGCAGAGCUUGUUGAGAAGGUCAACGAGUUAUAUAUUGAACUGGAUCGACAAAGUGCAGAAAUUAGACUUUCUAGAGACACUGUACCUGAUGGGAAGACUGAAUUUGCUAAACCUGCUGGUGUUGCCAUUGCUGUACCUGCAUCAGGUGAGCUUAGAAGUGUAUCAGCCCAGGAAUUUGAUUCACUGAAAGAGAGUUCAGUGAAGGAUAAUGGUGGCUCUGUUGAUACUGAGCAUGCUGUUGCGGUAAUUUCAAACUCAUCAUUGGUACCUGAUGAUGCUGGAGAAAUUGUGCAAAUUCCGUUGGAUGAUAAUGAAAUACAAGAGCUAGAGUUGCAGGAUGCCAAGAAUGCGGAAAAUGAAGCUGUGCCAGUGCCACUAACAGAUUCUCCCCUUGUUGGUGCUCCAUUUCGUCUGAUAUCAUUUGUUGCUAAGUAUGUCAGUGGUGCUGACUUGGUUAACCACUCUUAAAACACCAGUCAUGGACUUUCUGAUACUGGGUGAAACAGACAGUUAACCAUUUUUUUUGCCAUCUUGAACAUAAAUGAACCUCACUUACAUUAGAAGAAUACCGAUAUAUGCUGGCCUAAUUGGGCCAUUUUAGUGCCUGUAGGUCAAUUCUUUGAACAUUUGGAAAUAUUGUACCAGGAAGAGUAUAAACUAAAGUUUUUUUUAUUGUGUGUUCUUGCUUCA